UGGAUCGCUCCACGACCCGGUAGAGCUUCCCUCUGACCCUUCGCAUUUCCUUUCCUGUGGCAGCCGAGUGCGACAAUGGCAAAGAUUAAGGCACGAGAUUUGCGUGGUAAGAAGAAGGAGGAAUUGCUGAAGCAGCUUGAUGACUUGAAGAUAGAGUUGUCUCAACUCCGUGUCGCCAAGGUGACUGGUGGAGCUGCAUCCAAGCUUUCUAAAAUCCGUGUUGUUCGUAAGUCAAUUGCUCGUGUUCUGACUGUCAUUAACCAGACACAGAAAGAGAACCUGAGGAAGUUCUACAAAGGGAAGAAAUACAAGCCUUUGGACCUCAGGCCUAAGAAGACCCGUGCCAUGCGUCGCAGGCUUACCAAGUACGAAGCCGGCUUAAGGACCAGGAAGCAGCAGAGAAAACAGCGACUGUACUCGAUUCGCAAGUUUGCUGUCAAGGCUUAAUUUUGUUAUGUGUACCGAAUAAAUUUAAAGGGGAAAAAAAAAA